UCACGGGCGGAGGAUGCGGGUGCUCCAUUGGCUUGGCGGUCGUGCGUUCGGAUCUUAAAGGGCGACAGGAGCGCAGGCCGUGCCGGCCGGGCGGGGCCCAUGGCCAGCACCAGCAGCCACCUGUAUGAUGCUGUACCAAUUCAGUCUAGUGUGGUGUUAUGCUCCUGUUCGUCCCCAUCAAUGGCGAGGAACCAAGCAGAUACCAGCACUCCAUCUGUCAUUUCCACCUGUGGCAACAGACAGGGAUCAAACGUGGAGAGCACUGCAGCUGAAUCAAGAUGUAGUUCAAACUCCUUGCAGCAACAUACAGGACAGCAGCCUCCACAGCCUCGAAAGAAGCGACCCGAUGACUUCAAAUUUGGGAAAAUUCUGGGUGAAGGAUCUUUUUCAACGGUGGUCCUGGCUCGAGAAUUGGCAAGUUCUAGAGAAUAUGCCAUUAAAAUCUUAGAAAAGCGCCAUAUCAUAAAAGAAAACAAGGUGCCCUAUGUGACACGAGAGAGAGAUGUCAUGUCCCGCCUGGAUCACCCUUUCUUUGUGAAACUCUACUUCACCUUUCAAGAUGAUGAAAAACUCUAUUUUGGGCUUAGCUAUGCCAAAAAUGGAGAACUGCUAAAGUAUAUACGCAAAAUUGGGUCAUUUGAUGAGACCUGCACUAGGUUUUAUACUGCUGAAAUUGUAUCAGCCCUGGAGUAUUUGCAUGGGAAAGGAAUAAUUCACAGGGACCUUAAGCCAGAGAACAUCUUGCUAAACGAAGAUAUGCACAUUCAAAUAACAGACUUUGGAACAGCAAAAGUACUAUCUGCAGACAGCAGACAAGCACGGGCAAACUCGUUUGUAGGGACAGCACAGUAUGUUUCUCCAGAACUGCUGACAGAGAAAUCUGCCUGCAAAAGCUCUGACCUCUGGGCUCUGGGAUGUAUAAUAUAUCAACUUGUAGCUGGAUUGCCUCCAUUUAGAGCUGGAAAUGAGUAUCUGAUAUUCCAGAAGAUAAUAAAGUUGGAAUAUGACUUUCCAGAAAAAUUUUUCCCCAAGGCAAAAGACCUUGUUGAAAAGCUUUUGGUUCUAGAUGCUACCAACAGAUUAGGUUGUGAAGAAAUGGGAGGAUAUGGACCUCUUAAGGCUCACCCCUUCUUUGAAUCCAUCGUGUGGGAGAACCUACAUCUGCAGACACCCCCAAAGCUUACAGCCUAUUUACCUGCUAUGUCAGAGGAUGAUGAAGACUGUUAUGGAAAUUAUGACAAUCUCCUGAGUCAGUUUGGUUGCAUGCAAGUUUCUGGUUCUGCCUCUUCCCAUUCACUGUCUGCCCCAGAGACAAGUACACCACAGACAUCAGGAGGAAACAUUGAGCAGUAUAUUCAUGAUCUUGACAACAAUUCCUUUGAGCUGGACUUACAGUUUUCUGAAGAUGAAAAGAGGUUACUUCUAGCAAAACAAGCUGGUGGAAAUCCUUGGCAUCAGUUUGUAGAAAAUAACUUAAUCCUGAAAAUGGGUCCAGUGGACAAAAGAAAGGGAUUGUUUGCACGCCGGCGCCAAUUGCUGCUCACAGAAGGGCCCCACCUGUAUUAUGUGGAUCCUGUCAACAAAGUUCUAAAAGGAGAAAUUCCCUGGUCUUUGGAGCUGCGGCCAGAAGCCAAGAAUUUUAAGACGUUUUUUGUUCACACACCAAACAGGACAUAUUACCUGAUGGACCCGAGUGGCAAUGCUCAUAAAUGGUGCAAAAAGAUACAGGAAGUUUGGCGGCACAGAUACCACCAGAAUGCUGCUAAGUAGCAAAGCUCAGCCAAAAUGUCCCAGUUUCCCUACUUGCUGCUAGAACUCCGUGUGCAGCCGAUCAGAGGAAUCUUUUCAACCAACCUAUUUUACCAUCUCAAGGGGAAGCAUAUGUCUGAAAUGUUCUAUUGUUUGUUGUUUGGGUUUUUUUUCUUUUUAUUUGGUUUUGUUUUGUUUCUUUAGAAAAAAAAAGAAAGGAAAAAAAAGAAAAAACUUAAUGGAAUUCAGGGUCGCUUUGCUUGCUCUUUGUGCUUCUGUUGAGGCUUCCACAUGCAUAUCAUUGCAGUGAAGAUCUUGCUUUUGUGCACUUCGGCUCAAUUUCUGCUGCAGACUAGUGGAUAGACCUUGCAUUACCAGCUUCACUUCAGAUGAGUUAAAAUCAAUCCAGACGCACACAAGCCGAAUCGUGAACCAGCCUGGCACUGUGUGGGGCUGGAGUUUUCUGUGACUUUCAGAUUAUCAUUAAACUGUAAUUCAUCAGGGAGCUUUUAUAUUUCUCUCCUAAGCAUCACCUCUUUGUUUGCUCUUCCUCUUCUCAUAGUCCCCCAGCUUAUUGGUAUAUGGCAUUUGUAGCCAGGUCAGUUGCACUGUUGUGUAAUUCCUGAUGUAAUUCUGGUUGCAGGAUUUAUGUGGUACUUCAGUAAUUUCGUGACUGAAUCAGAUGCACGUGUCCGGCAGACAGGCUCCAAUGAUACAGGAUUUGAAAGGGUAAAAUGCUGAACACAGCACUGAAAGUUUUGUAGAAUUCAAACAGCUUCUGAAGCAGCUAAGAUUUUUAACAUUCAAUUUUCAAUUUUGAUAAGAAUCAUUUGUGUUUAAUUAAGGGACAGUAAACUCACUGGCAUGCUUUUAACUAAUGCUAACUAAAAAUUAACUAGCUACUAUGGGGGGGGAAAAAGGUUACUAUUGAAGUAGUAAAUAGUUUUUCACCUUUUCAGGAGCUGAGGGUUAGAAGCUUUUUCCAAGGUGUGCAUGAAUUGUGCAUUUUAGUGGGGCCAACCUAUUUACCUGGGUAGAGAUGAAAGUGUGAAAGCUUUGUGCAAUAGAUUACUUGACUCCUUGUCUCAUGGUAUAAGGAGAUGCAUUUUUGGUCCCUGGCUGAAUACUUAGCAACUCUGAAAAUGUUGAGCAAUCAAAAUACUAGAUCCAUAAACUAAUCUGGUUCAAAAUUCUAAGGAAAAUACUAGUAAUGCCAAAGAGAAAAUACAUGGUACUGAAGGCAUAUCUAUGACAUAAAAAUAUUUCUCAUAUCAGUCUCCUUUGUCCUCUUCAAAUUAAGGAUUUUUUGUGGUCAAACAUUUCUUGUGAUGUUGCAAAGACAUAACUGUGCUAAAAACAACGUUCCUAAUGGCAUUUUCAGCAUGCCCAUGCUCCUGAACCUUGCAGAGACAAGUGACCUAGGUCUGGUCCUUGUUUUGAACACAGUAUAAACAUCACACCUAUUUAGCCACCUUUUGCAUAUACCAACUCCUAGCAUUUUGAGGUCUCACCAAAUAGAUGUUCUGCUGUACUGCUGGAAAAGCUCCUGGGCUAGCCAUGGCCUGAGGAUUUCUCCGAAAACACGUGAGUGUUGGGUAUUUUAUGGUUGUGCAGGGUGAAGAUUUAUUACUGACCUCUUAAACUGUGCUGUGUAGAUGAUGGCAGCUCAGCUGUUCUGUUGUCUUUAAAAGAGAGAGGCAGUUGCCUUUUCUUUUGGAGGAGCUACCUUGUCGUAGUCACCUCAUCCCACCAUGUACACAGGCUUGACAAAAGUAAAUCCCUGUCUUGCAGUGCCUGCUGUUUUAGAAGCUGAAGUGUCCUGUAACUCCCUGAGGUGAGAAAGACAGAACAGUGUUCCCAUUGCAUCCUGAGGACUUUCAUUAUACACAAGAUGCAUGACUUGCCACUAGAAUCUGAACCACACAGGCCACCUUCUGCCUGUGCCCUGCUGCAUUCUGUGUUUACCCAUUCUAACCAAGGUGAUGUGUCUGAAGUCUGCACUGCUUUCCAUUUGCCCUCUGGCUGUCAAUUUCCUGAUGCAUGUUGGUCUGCUGGAUACAGCUCUACCACUUUUGGGUUUAGUACCUGGUACAGUGGUGUAGAUGUAUUCCCAAUUUUGUACAGGAGAGCUUGGCAGUGAUGGAGAUUUGUGGUGCCACUGGCAUUCAGUAUGACAAAACUCGUCCUGACAUUAAAAGCCUGGCAAAACUAUUUUGCCAAUAGUGUAUACCUCAGCUUAUUAGGAGACAGAGGGAUCUCCUCUGGCUUCUUCACUAGGUGGAAAUCUAGGAAUGCUUAAACAUCUUUUCUGUACUAUUGAGAAUUGUAGUCAUUUUCCCAUAACAAAAUAAUUACCGUUUUUCACACCUUGAAAAUCCUCUCAGUAGACUUUUGCCCUGCCAACCAAAAGCUUUAAGACAAAACUCCUUAUAGCAGUAAUCUGUCAAGGUGUCUGGGAGGUUGAUGUCUGCCUUCUAGUGUUACUUUUUUCUUCUGGCAAUGAUGUCGUUAGAAAACUGAGCAUCUCUUACAGGCCUCCUUCCCUGUAGAACCUGAGUGUUCCAAAUUAAGUUCUUCCAGAGCUGCUGCUGCUUCUUUGGAAGUAGACUAGAACUUUUCUGGGAGAGGGAUUUGUUCUCCUUGGACUCUAAGUAAAACACAUGGCUUUGAAAGAUGUCUGUGUUUAGAGUGAGGCAAGACAAAGCAGCCCUAUGGAUUUAAGUAUAUUUCACCAGUUUGUCCACUUGUAUUGAUGCUGCACACUGCGAAGGGCUGGUUCCUCUUUUAAAUGCUUAUUCCUGAAGAUCACUCCUAUGGUUCGUGGGAGUUCCAUGAAUGAAAUGUACAAGGGAGGUUCUUCAGAGCUGCAGACAAACCAGUUAAUUUCUCUGCUUUUUCCAAAAGGUCUUUUAAAGUGCAAAAAAGGUUGGUAGGCACUUGAAGACUCUCAGACUCUUCACUGUAGGUCUACUGAAAACCCCAUCCAUUGAUGGAUUCAUUCCAUCUUUUGCAAUUUGAACAGUUGCCAGUCAUUUCUGAAGAAUCAGAUCAGUCUUGGAAUUUGUUUUGCUUGGGAACUGAGCUUCAGGAGGGUGUCUUGCAUCCGCUUUCUGUAGUGUGGGUGAAAUGCUAGUGUUAGGAGUUUUGAAUUGCAUGCUUCUGUCGGGUGUCUGGUCCAGUCACAGGAAGUGUAAAACUGCUUUGGUGAACUGGAGAGAUGAGCUUAUUGCCAUUGGCUUUAAAGUCCAGUUUGGAAAAGGGUUUAUUUUCAGGAAGUCUUCCUUCAGGUGUGAUGUUGAGGCAUAGUGAGCAGAUUAAUACUACCUAUGAAGAUCUCAUAUGCUAAACACUUAGGUGUUGAAGAUCUCAAACAGGACUGUGCUCCACUUCUCUUCUCCUGCUUUAGUUGUGAAGUAUCUACUAUUUUCAAGCCCAGAAAAAACUCUGUAGGUUAAAUCAAAUGUGGUAACUGUAAUUUGUGCUUGAUAUCAUUACAUUUUGUGCUGGGAGUUUUGAAGGGUCCUGAGGAUUUCCCACAUGCACAUUGAAUAAUGUUUUUUUAGAAGGAUCUGGUGAAGUCAGCACAGCUACUUCCUUUGGCCUGUGGACAAAACAUCUGAUUUCAACACCUUGCUGAGGAGAGAACUUGUGUAUUGGCAACUGCCUAAAGAUGUGGUCUGUGGAUUCUGAUCAUUCUUUCUACUAGCAAAUUACAGAAAUAGGUGUGGUAUUUAUAUCUGAAUUCUGCUGAAUGCCUGUAAUAUUUUGUGCACAUGUUUUAUCAAUUAAAUGGAAGUGCUCCUGCAAGGCUUCGUGGCAGAGAUGUCCAUGAGGUGAUCAAGAAACUUACAAGUAAUUCUCUGACCCCAAACAGCGUGCUUUCAGUGUAGACUGGUAAUUUAAGAGUUUCGUCUUCUCAGAAGAACAGCAAACAGUUGGAGGGGUUCCUAAGCACCCAGUAAUCUGGUCUGUCAGCACAGUUUCGAAGGUAAGGUGACAAAGCUUCCUAUGACCAUGUACUAACACGGGAUGUGGCAAAUGUUCUGAAUGCUAGCAGAACUUAAAUUACUACAUCUGACAAGCAAAAAAACCCAGGAACCACACUCAGUUUCGGUAGUUGUGUGCUAGCUGUUUGCUGGUCGGUGGCAGUCAAGUGUGUAAUACUCUCUACCUGGUUUGUAGCUGUAACUGUGAUGUACAGAUAAAGAAAAAAAAACCCAACAAAGAAAGAUCCCUAAACCUCCUCAACCACCACCACAAAACGAUCUCCCUCCCCUGCAAGAACUCGUGAAAGCAGAAGCAAAUAAUGCAAUGAUAUAAGAUACACACUUUUGUAUUUUUAUUCUUAUAAGGUUAUUUGCUGACUCUCGUUGGCCUCUAGUUCAGUCUGUGUUAUUUAAAUUCUAAUAUAUGAGUUAUUUGGAUUGAAUUCAUGUUCGGGGCCAUGGUGUUGUAUGUAUUGAUGUACAGCCUUGAAUGUGAAUAAUUAUUGUAAACUAUAUUUUACACCUUUUUUCUGGCUUUAUUAUAUAAAUUUUCUAUUGGUCGAUGAUUUAAUCAUAUCUCAUAAUUUAAUGACUGUUUAUUCUCCUCUCGACAGCUCUCUGUGCUGUAGAUGUGUAGCUAGUGACUGGAUGAUGGAUUUCACUUAUGCUUGGUAGUCUGUAAUAAAGGCAUGUAGGGUCCUG